AUGACCACCUCGCGCAACCCGGCCGCGCUGAGUAGGUCGGAGAGCACCAGCGAAGGAACCGCCCGCUAUCCCGUCGCCAGCGGCAUCCGCCAGCGACUGCAGGAUAACAUCAACACCCUCGACGGCCUCAUCAAUGAGACAAACAACAACGCCAGCCAAGCCGUCGCCCCCUCUCCCUCUCCCUACCAGAGCCCCCCGCCGCCCGGCGAUCCGCCGCCCUACCUGGCCGCAAACUUCGCCUCCAGCGUGCCCAACCUGCGGCCCCGCGCCUCCACGGCCACCCUCGCGCCCUCGGCCGUCUCGCCGCCCGUCUUCGACAACAGUCGCCCGGGCACGAGGAACGGCCAGAUCCCUCCGCCGCCCGCCAUGUACUCCAACCCCCAGGGGAACCAGCCCCGGCCCUUCGCCGUCCCGCCGCCGCCUCCCAUGUCGCCGCCCGUCCAGGGCCAGAUGAACAACGGCAUGACGAUACCCCCGCCGCCUCCCCGAUAUCCCAGCGCUCCCACGACGCUGCAGCUGCCCCCUCCCCCGUCGGGCCCGCCGCCGAACAGCGCACUCGGUCCCCAGCCUCCAUGGCAGGGCGGCUGGGGUCGCCCGUACGACAACAGGACCAAUAUGACGAUCCCGCCUCCGCCGGCCAACGCGCCGCACAUUCCCUAUAACCCCAAGAUGCUGGCUCAGCCGUCGCUGUCCAUUCCACCCCCGCCGCCCCAGCAGCCCUACCAGCAGAAGGAGCAGGGCAUGUCGGCGACCUACAUACCCCAGGGCGAUACGUAUGGAGAGGGUGUGGGCAUACCUGCCUUUGGGCUGGACGACUCGGCCGCGUAUUCUGCAACUACGCAGAGCUCUUGGCCGACUCCGAGCCUCGGCAGCAAUACCGACACGGCCAAUACCACACCUGCAGACACCGAAAGCCGGGACAGGCUGUAUGCGAAUGCCAUGAGCGGUCGAAUGAUGUCUACUGCCUCCAAUGCUACUGGAGUUCUGUCUGGGAUCCCUCCGGAAUUAGCCGCAAGAUGGCCCUUGGAUCAUGUCCUAUUGUGGUUGGCUACUAACCAAUUCUCAAAGGACUGGCAGGAGACGUUUAAGGGGCUGAAUCUCCAUGGAUCACAGUUUCUGGAGCUGGGCAGCGGCCACGGUGGUAGGGGCAACUUUGGCCUGAUGCACCAGCAGGUGUAUCCCAGGUUGGCCCAGGAGUGCACCAAGAGCGGCACCGGGUGGGAUCAGUCGCGGGAGCGGGAGGAAGGGAAACGCAUGCGCCGGCUCAUUCGCGCCGUCGUGUAUAAUGGAGGCGCGGCGGUCACCUCGAGUCGUCCCUCAGAUGGCCAUUCCAGGAAAGAUUCCUUUACUGCGUCCAAUGGGCAGAGUGCAGGGACGGAUGCCGAUUCCCCCAAUACCCCUAUCAAGGCUCCCGGGCAAGGGUUUGGUGGCAGAAGAUUCUCCCAGACAAGAUCCACCACGAUGCCAACCCUAAGCAACACCAUGAGCUCCGACGCCAACCACAGAACGAUACUGAAGAAUAUCGAUAUUGAGAGCAGCCGUCGGCACAGCCCCGUUGGCAACGACAGCGAUGGCAACUAUCGUGCUUCUGCUUUCCGUGGCGAUAGCCCUGGGGGUAGUCCAAAACCGAACUCAGGGCUUUUCCCCCAAUCGGGCAACCUGUCUGCAUCUUCAACCUCGGGCAGGUUUGGACACAGAUCGCGAGACAGCAUCAGCUCUGUCAACUCGAAUACGGCAAUCUAUGGCUCUGGUGUCCCCCCGGAAGCAUCUCAGAUGCUCCGAAAUGGUAUGAGUGGCAUCGGCGAGAUGAUCAACGCCAGCCGGAGUAAGGAUGGGUCUGGCCAUUCACCUUUGGAUCCUGGUGACAGGUCUGCUGGUACUGAACCUCCCAUUUCAGCCAAGGACAACAAGAGUUUCCUGAGUUUCCUGAAGAGGAAGAACAAGCAGAAGGAAGACGGGUCAGCUCCAUCGCCUGAGGAAGGCGACGCGCAGACGAGCCCGAACAUGUUGAAGCCAUCCUCCCUAGGCAGCCGUUACGGCUCUGAACUAGACGGUACAAGCCAAUUGAUCCCGGACAGCGCCCCUGCCUUCCGUAGGAGCCCCAACGCUCCCAGGACGUUUAUCUUGGCGACUAUGGAUAUGUGGAAUUACCGCAUGUGCGACGUCACGGACUGCCAUACAUCCGCUGACUUGCGAGCCACUAUAUGCACGAACCUGGGGCUUCAGGACGUCAUAUCACCGCAGCUGUUUCUCACCGAAUUGGGCCGCGCAGACCACGAUGAGCCACUCGAGGACCAGAGUCUCAUGAUCCACAAGAGAAACAAGGCCGACUCGAGUGGUUCGCUGAAAUUCUUCGUGAGGCUACCCCCCGUGGCCCCUCAGGACUCUGUACCUGAGUCGUUAACGCCUGGUUAUGUUCCAUCUGGUGCAUCCAUGGACGAGGAUGCUUACGCUCGCCUAAAUGGGCAAAGGUCUCGGUCAAGUUCGUCACCGCCCACGUCCCGCGUCAACACAGUGGUUGGAAAUGGACCAGACCCCAAUGAACUGGCUCAGAAAGCCCAAGACUACAAGGCUAGCGUUGAGAAGCAGCAACAAGACUAUCUGGCUAGGAGAAGACAGGCCUUGGAAAAGUCGUCACCGGACAGCAUCAGCCCCUCAUUUGGCAUCGUUGGGAGGAACGUUGAUUUUGAUCAGCCUCGCAGCUCUCCGUACGAAGAGAAGAAGCAAGACAACUUGUUUCCCCAGCGCAGAGCACCGGCCCCUCCUGGUGUCGAGACCGCAACCUUGAUAAAGGCGAACUCGCUAAGUCGCCGCUCGAACCACUCCAUGCGUCAGUCUCAAGGAAGCCUCGACGGUUAUCCGACCCCAAGGCGACCCGCCACAUCUACAUCUACCGGAGGAGAGCUAAACCAGCAAGAAAUGUCCCAGCGUCGACCAGGGACAAGCUCCAGGGUAGACCCAGAGAAAUCUGCCCUGGGCGCGCUGGUCGGCAUGGGCAGUGCUCUAAGCCAUUUUGGGCGACCCACCCCUGGAAGUCGACAACAACGGGGGCCAUCGCCUAAUAGGAGUAAUCCCGGCCUGGCAGGCAGCGCUGCUUAUGAAGAUACACGAGGUAAGCGAGCUAUGGCAUCGGUUGACUUUGACCAGACUGCUUCGGGUCGCAGUAGUCCGCGAUCCGGCUCACCCGGAACUCUGACUUGGAGCCGUGGAGAUCUUUCAUUUCUUGUCCCGGACUACUCGCCCGGAGGCACGCCUGUCAAUGAUGGCCGCGUAAGACCUGAGAAUGGACAUCUUGCUAAAGUUCAUCAAGCAGCGCAACGAGCUCCAUCACCCGGCAAUAUCAGUCCUACUACGGCUCACCCCACGCGUGCCAGCUUUGGUGCUGAUGCUCCUCGUCGGAAGUCUCACGGCCCUGAUGUUGACUUUACGGAGACGGAUGUACAAUUUGCUCAGCCAGCGGCACCGACUAUCCACAGGGACGAUUCCUCCGGCGACGACUCGGAUGAUGGCCUGUUUGCUGUUCCCGUGAGAGGAAGGCAGCCCUCGAUUCAGAAACCGAACCUCACUCUCAAUACUUCAAGAUCUAAGAAACAAUUAUCUGUGUCCUUCGGGUCACCUGGGAACAUGAAGACGCCCGACUUCGAGGAUGAUGACAACGAAAGCGCCAGAAGCCGAAAGAGCUCGCAGCGCCGUACACCCACUACUCCAGGUCAAGAGUCUAUCGACUCAGAUGACAGCAAGUUGGGUCGACGCAAGUCCUUCAUCGAGCGUGAUCAUUGGGCCGCUCGUCCACCUGCUGAGGCACUGCUUGACAACCUGGAUGCAUUCUUCCCGGAGCUUGAUCUCGACCAACCUGUCCUAGAUGAAGCGUCUCUCCAAGAUCCGCCCUCCCCCACUUCACCAAGUCAAGAAAACAGGGCACCAGAAAGCUCAGCAGCACCGGCUUUGCAACUCCCAACACCUCCGACCGGCACCGCUACCGCUCGGUCAUCUAUGUACAGCGACAAUGAUACUCUUGGCUCGGACGAAUCCACCCUCAAGGCGCUCGAGCAGCGCCCAACCUCCAUCGCGUCUGUUGCUCAGCGGAGCAUGCGACGUUCCGGUGGCCUAGGUCGCAUGAAGUCUAUUCGUGAAGUGGCUCGUGGUGCACAUGAAGCAAAUAAACGCUUCACUACUGCAUCUUCUGCUUCUGGCUUAGCAGGGCCCACCUCUAUGAUCCAGCGCCGCAAGAGCACCAAGAUGUUCGGUGCCCAUGUGGUUCAGAUCAGGCCUGAGCGUGGCUCCAUGAUCGACAUUAUGCCCGAGAUUCCUCAGGACCAUCUGCCGAAGCGUCAGACAACCUUCAGAUGGUUCAAGGGUGAGCUGAUUGGCAAGGGAACCUACGGGCGCGUCUACCUGGGUAUGAAUGCCACCACUGGUGAAUUCUUAGCCGUCAAGGAGGUCGAGGUCAAUCCCAGAGCUGCUGGGGGCGACAGCAACAAGAUGCGCGAGCUCGUUGCUGCUCUAAACACCGAGAUCGAAACCAUGCAGUAUCUUGACCAUGUCAACAUUGUGCAGUAUCUUGGAUGUGAACGCAAGGAAACGAGCAUCAGUAUUUUCCUCGAGUAUAUUUCCGGUGGUUCCAUCGGAUCCUGUCUACGCAAGCACGGGAAAUUCGAAGAGCCCGUGGUUAGCAGUCUGACGCGGCAGACCUUGUCCGGACUUGCCUAUCUCCACCGGGAGGGUGUCCUGCAUCGUGACCUCAAGGCUGACAACAUCCUGCUCGAUCUGGAUGGCACGUGCAAGAUUUCCGACUUUGGUAUCUCCAAGAAGACGGAUGACAUCUACGGCAAUGACAAGACCAAUAGCAUGCAAGGCUCCGUUUUCUGGAUGGCUCCAGAGGUCAUUCGCUCCCAAGGCGAAGGCUACAGUGCCAAGGUCGAUAUUUGGUCUCUCGGCUGCGUGGUAUUGGAAAUGUUCGCCGGGAGAAGGCCUUGGAGCAAGGAGGAGGCAGUCGGCGCGAUCUACAAGAUCGCCAACGGGGAGAUACCCCCGAUUGCGGACGAGGUCCGCGAGGCAAUCAGCCCGUAUGCGCUGGGCUUCAUGCUGGAUUGCUUCACUGUGGAUUCGAGGGAAAGACCCACAGCCGAGCGGCUGCUCAUGCAGCACGAAUUCUGCGAGCUGCAGGAGGACUACAACUUCUUUGACACGGCUCUGUACGCCAAGAUCCGUGGCACUUACAACUGA